AUGGGAAAUAUCAUCUUCCCUAUCAUCGCUAUGAGCGGACCACUUCGUCAUCAUCGACUGGUACAGCCCAAUCCUUCCGAGUCCAACGCUGUUGCGGAGUAUGAUACUAAAACAUGGACGAAUGAACCGACUGUAAUCAUCUUCCCUGGAGCGGGCGAAUCAUCCUCAUCCUGGCCCCGCGUACAAGAAAGCGUCUCCCGCUUCGCACGAAUCUUUCUAUAUGACCGAACCGGUCUCGGGAAAAGUGAAAACUAUACUCACAGUAAUCAAAACAAUAAAGGAGCGGCAAUUAUCGCAGCGGAAGAACUUUGCUCACUUCUUGACGAGACUCGCAUAACUGGUCCGUAUAUACUCGUCGCGCAUUCAUACGGAGCCAUUGUUGCGCGCGAAUUUCUACAUCUGAGAUCAAAUGAAGUAGCUGGUAUGGUCCUCGCUGAGGCCUCUACAGAAAGGCAGCCGCAAUAUUUCCGUUUGCCAGACCCGAACAUGACGGCUGUUAUGGCUAAUCUGAAAUUUUCCGCUGUCAUUGGAUUGAGAGCUAAUGCACGGCUGUCGUCUGAUGAGUGGAGAACCAGAGCAAUUGAAAUGAGUCAAAGUGCACCAGCAAUACAGGAAGAAGUUGCCGGAUAUGAAACAGUGUGCAGGCAACUAGGCGAGAAGAACCAAUUCAAGGCGCAAGUGCUAGGAGACAGACCUCUGAGCGUGAUCAAAUGCCAAUCAUUCCGAGACUAUGAGAAGAUGUAUGAAGCUGGUUUAGAGGUUGAAAACGGCACUGAAGAGCAGCGUCAGGCGUUUCGAAGGCUGUUGGAUAAUUGGGAUGGCUAUUCCGAGGAGUUGCAGCGCGAGCAAUUGCAACUUUCGUCAAAUUCGCGGUGGGUGGAGGUUGCUGACUGUGGUCAUAACGUCAAUAUUCUGCGGCCUGAUGUGAUAGUGUCGGAGAUACGAUGGGUCCUUGGGUGCAAAAGUACUGACGAGUUGCGGUUAUAGUUCGCUGCCGGUGAUUAUUAGUGCAUUCAAGUUUUGUUAUCAAGUAGGUGCGAUCACCUUAUAGCUUAUUAUGAGCGUUUUCCACCAAUCUAAACAACUUUAUCAUGAU